AUGACACAUUGUCUAUCUGUCGUCAUAUUUGUGUGUUUGUUAUGUUCUAUUGAGACAACAAUAGGACCCGGUACUCGUAAAACCGUAGCUCGUUCCACAGAAAAAGUCAGUUCAACACCAGUACCACCUGCGCAAUUGAAAGACCCUUCGGCAGAUAUCCGCGCAUCUGCACCGAUGAAAAGCAAUGUCUUACAACGUCAACUGGUCACAGAAAACUUGAAUCCGCAAUUAAUCCUUGAAAAUCACGAAUCCUACUGUUCAACAUGUACCGAAACACGUGAGUUCACUCAUCCGACACUUGUCUACAUAACACCUUGGAAUGCUCAUGGAUAUGACAUCGCAAAAACAUUUACGAAAAAGUUCGAUUAUAUUUCACCAGUGUGGUUAAGUAUUAAGCGUAAAAGUGCCGAGAAGUAUGUUAUGGAAGGCACACAUGACAUUGAUAAGAAAUGGAUUCAAACAUUGAAAGAAAACAAUCCAAAAAUACGUAUCGUUCCGCGUGUUAUCUUCGACAAGUGGUCUGCUGAUGACACUCAUGCGUUGUUUCAAUCAGAAGAAGAAAAACAGCAGUUAGCAGGAACAUUUGCUACUUUUCUUACUGAACAUAAAGAUUUAUUUGACGGUUAUGUUCUUGAAUUACUUAUGCAAUUCCGCGGCGCCUCCAAAGCAACAUUAAAUCAUAUCAUUAGCGAUAUUGCUGAACAUGUGCAUCAAUUGAAUAGUAAUGAAACGAAGAAAGAAGUAAUUCUAGCUGUUCCGCCCUACGAUGAAUUAUUUGAUAAGAAUGAUUUUGACUUGUUAUAUGAAUAUUUGGAUGGAUUUAGUGUAAUGACAUAUGAUUUUCCUAAUCGUGAACCGGGUCCGGUUGCUCCGUUAGAAUGGGUAGAGAGCACAAUGGAGAAGUUUUCGAAACCUGAAGUCGAGGGUGGAGCGAAAGUUUUUCUCGGCCUGAAUUUUUAUGGUUAUCGUUAUGAUCGUGCUAAUGCAAAGGGCAAAGCGGAUCCUCAACAGCAACAAUAUGGAAUGAAACCAAUCAUUGGCCGAGAUUAUAUUGAUUUUUUGAAAAAAUCCUUCUCGACAACUGCCAUUAUCUUCGAUCCACGUGCACACGAACAUGUCACGUUUGUUCAGACACGUCCGACUAAACAAGACCAACAACCACUGCCUCAAACGAUUGUUUUCUAUCCAACAUUGAAAUCGAUCUAUGAACGAUUAAAAAUAGCAAUGAAACUCAAUGUUGGUGUGGCUAUUUGGGAUGGUGGUCAAGGUCUUGACUAUUUCUAUGAUUUGUUCUGA